AUGAUGAACGGUAGGCACCAAAACAAAUUCGCAUGGAAGCCGAACCUCGGCGUCAAAAUCAACGAAACGGAGGUCGGAGGCCGGUUCAGGCCGCUGUCGGAGAUAACGGGGGUUUGCCCUCGCUGUAAGGAGCAGAUCGAAUGGAAACGCCGUUACGGCAAGUACAAGACCCUAACGGAGCCAACCAAGUGCCAACGUUGUACCAAGCGCGCCGUUCGUCAGUCUCACCAUAAACUCUGUUCUGCUUGUGCCAAGGAACAAGGUGUUUGUGCAAAGUGCUGUUGCCGUGUCGAACGCAUCGUUGGAAAAGACCCUUCGGAAGUGGAAGCUGAGCAAAAAAAGCUUCAGGAGGCCAUAAAAAAUGCUCGAGAAAGAGAUAGGAGGACUCUGAUACGUGCGAUGAACGCAGGCAAAGCUACUGGUUUAGCGAAAGCGGCAACCGACAAAGAUGACAAGGCUGGGGAUUUGUUCCCCUCUGCAUCACUUGAAGAAUAUGCAGAGGCAAGCAGAGAUGAUAAUGAUGAUGAUGAAGAAGGUGAAGAAGAAGAAGAUGAGGACCGUGUUUGUAAUUAA